ACAAAUUAUUUAUUCCCUACAAUGCAAACGGAUGUUGACGAAACACUAGUGCCCAAAUGCAUAUUUCUGCUUUUUGAAAUCUGUGCAUUUUCAUAAAUUCGAAGCGUCUCGAAUGAUUCAUCAUUUGUCUUUAACAACAACAAAAAAAUAUAUAUCGAGAAGGAAGCGUUGCUAAAAGUACAUGAUAUGCAGGCCGACUGCAUUGCAAACAAAAUCAGAUCUAAUCGUGUUUUUUUUAAUAACAGCACGCAGAUUUUAAAAGUGCCAUACUGUAACACGUCGUGUUGAACAUUUCUGAAUUUAUUUGUUUUUUUGGUUAAAAAAAAAAAAUCAAACAAACAGCUUUGAUCACAGGUAUGACUCAAAGUACCAAAAAAAUCUCUUAUUGUCCCACAAAAUGUUCCAGGCCGUUACAGGACGUCUUGCCCACCGAAAAAAAGAUUUUCCCCCUAUUAGAUCAUUUUAGGAAUCUGGCUCGCGCAGCCCUUCGGCUCUCCAAGUUGAAACAGCGCGUCAUUUGCAAUGUGGAGACUGUUGAUCACCUCACUAAUUACGUCUCUCUCUUUCUGCCUCGCGCGCGCUCUCUCUCCCUCCCUCGCGCGCUCACUCCCUCUCUCUCUCUCUCUCAUUCCCAGAGUGCAUAUCGAGAAUAGACACACAAAGACAUGCGCACUCAACUUAAUCAGCCAUUUUUUUAAACAGGGCUAAAACGAUAAUAAUUAGCAGAAUAAAGACAUAUCGGAUUUUCAUUUCCUUACCUCCUUUCCCUUACCCCUCCACAACCGAAACUGCUAGGCAGUCGUCGAGACAUCUUUUACACAACCGGACCCAAAGGAUCGACUCUUACUGUAGUACUUACGCUUUUUCCAAUAAAGUUGGAGGAUUAUUGUUACAUUUUUUUUAUUUUUAUCCUUUUUGUUACCUACUCGCGCUACCAUUGGAUGUGAUUUUCUUCAGAAAAGCAAAUAUCAAGAGAAGAAGCGGAGGGAACUGCGGGGGAAGAAAGUCCCUGACAGGCUGGAUGAAAUGAGAUCCCCAUGUAGCGAUUACCAUGGAAACUUGUGAUUCCCCUUCUCUCUCAAGGCAGGAAAAUGGGCAGCAGAUAUCAAAGCUACGUGAGACGACACAUCUUGAUAAUGAGGUGCCAGAGAAAGUCCCUGGGAUGGAGCCUGACAAGGAAAACAGCCCUGCGGAUGACAACCUGAGGACGGAGGAGAGCCGUCGAGAGAUCGUGUUGGGAUUGAGCACGGAGAAUGCGAUAGGUGCGGCCACUAAAGAGAUCCCCUGCAACGAAUGUGCCACUUCCUUCUCGAGUUUACAAAAAUACAUGGAGCACCACUGCCCGAACGCUCGCCUUCCUCUUCUGAAGGACGAGAAUGAGAGCGAGGUCAGCGACCUUGAGGACAGCGAUGUAGAGAACCUGACAGGAGAGAUAGUUUACCAGCCAGAUGGCUCAGCUUUUAUUCUUGAGGACUCCAAAGAAGGUGGCCAGAAUGCCCAGUCAGGGGUCAAAAGCCUCUUCUCCCCAGCACUGUUUUCAAACUCCCAAACUGCUGCCGGGGACAAGACUGAGCAGUCGGCCACAACCCCCAUGUCCUUUUAUCCACAAGUGAUCAAUACCUUUCACAUCGCUUCAUCCCUCGGGAAACCAUUUACGGCCGAUCAGGCUUUCCCAAAUACCUCAGCAUUAGCAGGAGAUGGUCCUGUGUUGCACAGUUUCCGUGUCUACGAUCUCCGACACAAGAGUGAUAAAGACUAUCUUACCAUUGAUGGCGCAGCCAAAAACUCCUGUGUGUCCAAAGAUGUUCCAAACAAUGUGGACUUGUCUAAAUUUGAUGGUUGCAUUAGUGAUGGGAAAAGGAAACCUAUUCUGAUGUGUUUCUUGUGCAAGUUGUCUUUUGGUUAUAGUAGGUCAUUUGUAACCCAUGCUGUGCAUGAUCAUCGGAUGACCCUCAAUGAGCAGGAGCAAAAGCUCCUUAGUAAUAAAUAUGUCUCUGCCAUCAUACAGGGCAUUGGUAAAGACAAAGAACCUCUUAUAAGCUUUCUGGAACCAAAAAAAAACAAUUCUGUGUUACCACACUUUUCUACUGCAAACUUUAUGGGCCCUGAUCCAGGCAUUCGCAGCCUGUGGAACACCUUUCACAUGGAAAACGGUGAUUCCCUGCAGGCUGGUUUCGCCUUCCUGAAAGGAAGUGCCAGUUUGGCAUCUUCUGCAGACCAGUCGCCCAGGAGUGCCCAGAUGCCAAAGGCUGAACUAAACCUCGGGGUUGCGGCCACCUCAGCACGCAAGUCCCCUGUCGGCUCCGUGUCUCUCCAGCGUUCGUCGCCAGGGGCUGGGUGCAGGGAUCAGGAGAGCAACUGUGAACGGCAGAAGGACGUUAGCACUUUGCAUGCCAAUGGUGAGCUCCCCAUCAAAAGCGAGCCCAGAGAUGCGGCCGACGCCGAGGAGGACGAAGACAUGUAUUUGAACGAGCUCGAUGACGAUGGCGUUUGUGAACUUGGGGAUAGUACCAGUAGCAAAGAUUUCCCUCUCUUAAACCAAAGCAUUUCUCCUUUAUCGUCCAGUGUGCUAAAAUUUACUGAAAGGGGUACUACUUCCUCUGUGACUGUUGCCAAUGACCUAGAGAAGACAAAGCAAGCUGCUGCCGGCUUGGACUACAGCAAUGACUCCAUGAGCGGAGGCAGCAAAGACGGCUGCGACUCCAAUGGCGGCAGGGAUGGCAGUCCGCCAUCUCUUCCUCUCGACAUGAUACGGCGAGACGACGAAAGCCCAGGCCCUCUGCACCAGCAUGCUGCCACUCCCAGCACCCCUGGCACCCCCGGCCCAGGAGAGGGCUCUCCUGGAAGUGGAAUUGAAUGCCCCAAGUGUGACACUGUCUUAGGUUCCUCGCGUUCACUUGGUGGUCAUAUGACCAUGAUGCACUCACGGAACUCCUGCAAGACGCUGAAAUGCCCCAAAUGCAAUUGGCACUACAAGUACCAGCAGACCCUGGAUGCUCACAUGAAGGAGAAGCACCCAGAGUCUGGAGGCUCUUGUGUCUAUUGCCGCACGGGCCAGCCUCACCCUCGACUUGCCCGGGGUGAGAGCUACACGUGCGGCUACAAGCCUUUCCGCUGCGAGGUGUGCAACUACUCCACAACCACCAAAGGCAACCUUAGCAUACACAUGCAGUCGGACAAGCACCUCAACAAUGUGCAGACGCUGCAGAACGGAGGAACGGAAGCCAUCUACAACCACGCUGCUCCUGUGUCCAACGCCACCCUGACCGGUUGCGGCACGCCCUCACCCUCCAAGCCUAAACAGAAACCCACAUGGCGAUGCGAGGUCUGCGACUAUGAGACCAACGUGGCUCGCAAUUUGCGCAUCCAUAUGACAAGUGAGAAACACAUGCACAACAUGAUGCUUCUUCAGCAGAACAUGAAGCAGAUCCAGCACAACUUGCAUCUGGGCCUGGCGCCGGCCGAGGCCGAGCUCUACCAGUACUACCUGGCCCAGAACAUCGGGCUCACCGGUAUGAAACUGGAGAACCCUUCAGACCCACAGAUGAUGAUCAACCCCUUCCAGCUUGACCCUAGCACUGCUGCAGCUCUGGCUCCUGGUCACGUAAAUAAUGAGCUGCCUGCGGAGCUGCGUCUUGCGAGUGGUCAGCUAAUGGGUGAUGACCUGUCCGUCCUCUCUGCUGGGGAGCUGUCACCUUGCAUCAACGACCCGCUGCUGAAGCUCUUCCAGUGCGCGGUGUGCAACAAAUUCAGCUCUGACAGCCUGGAGGCCCUCAGCGGGCACGUGGCAGCGGAGCGAUCGCUUCCGGAAGAGGAGUGGAGGGCUGUGAUGGGAGAUGUCUACCAGUGCAAGCUGUGCAACUACAACACACAGCUCAAGGCCAAUUUCCAGCUCCACUGCAAGACAGACAAGCACAUGCAGAAGUAUCAGCUGGUGGCCCACAUCAAGGAAGGUGGCAAAGCCAACCAGUGGCGUCUCAAGUGCAUUGCAAUCGGCAACCCUGUGCACCUGAAGUGUAACGCCUGCGACUACUACAGCAACAGUGUGGAGAAGCUGAGACUGCAUGCGACCAACCAGAGGCACGAAGCGGCGCUGAAGGUCUACAAGCACUUGCAAAAACAAGAGAGUGCGUGUAACUCGGAGUCCUGCUACUACUACUGCGCGUUGUGCGACUACUCCAGCCGAGCCAAGCUGAACCUGCUGCAGCACCUCCGUUCGGUCAAGCACCAGCAGAGCGAAGGCCUCCGCAAGCUGCAGCUGCACCAGCAGGGCCUUCCUCCCGAUGAAGACAACCUCGCCGAUAUAUUCUUCGUCAAGGACUGCCCUCCGAACGAAUCCGAAGAACCAGGUGAAGACAGCGAGGAAUCCCCACGAGCCUCCUCAUUGGCCGCGGCCGAGGACAAAGACUCGAGCAAGAGGGACGCCAUAGAAGGCAACACAACAGAGAAGGACUCCAGAAUUAAUACACUGGCUAAGGAAACCCUGGGGACUGCUACAGCAGGGAAGCGGUCGCUUCAGCAGGAGAAAGAAAAUGACACUCCACCCAAGAGGCCCAAAUCAGCUGAAGAGAAGACGCUGUCCAAUGAGCAGGUGCAGCAGUGCCCGUACUGUAAUUACAGUAACAAGGAUGCAAACCGUUUACAGCUGCACAUCAUGUCCCAGCAUUCCAUGCAGCCUGUCAUCAGCUGCCCCUUGUGUCAGGAUGUCCUCAGCAACAAGAUUCACUUGCAGCUGCAUCUCACCCACCUCCAUAGUGUGGCUCCAGACUGUGUGGAGAAGUUAAUUAUGACAGUCGCGGGCCCAGAUGUUACAGUGCCCAAUUCCUUGCUGUCUACAUCAUUACAAGACAAAGUCCCAUCUUUGAUGGAUUCUUCAGCUGUUAUCCCUGAGGGAUCUGGAAAGCCCAUGGGAAACAGCUCUAAGGAUUUGAAAAACAGCAUAGGCCAAGACAAAAGUGAGGUUGAACUUGCCAAUGAGGAACUCAAACCACCAAAGGAGGCUGCUGAGGCCCCUGACUGGAAGAAAGCAAGUGGUCAAGACAGGAAAAGCCCAGACUCCCUGCAGGAGCAUCUAACUGACCUGCAGAAGCGGCAGCAGCUAUCAGUCUCUGAUCGCCACGUCUACAAAUACCGCUGCAACCAUUGCAGCCUGGCUUUCAAGACUAUGCAGAAGCUUGAGAUACAUUCCCAGUACCAUGCCAUCCGUGCAGCCACAAUGUGCAGUCUGUGCCAGCGCAGCUUCAGGACAUUCCUUGCCCUUCGAAAGCAUUUGGAGACUGGUCACCCUGAGCUGACUGAAGCAGAAGUACAGCAACUCUGUGGGAACCUGCCCCUAAAUGGAGACAUUGCUGAAAGUGAGAUGCGGGCUCUGGAAGAGGCACAAGCCUUUGAGCAUGAUCUAGACAAAGAUGAGGAACUUGACCAAGAAGGCAAGGCUAGCCCAACAGGAAGUGACAGCAGCUCCUUGCUUGAUGACAUGGGCUCAGAGCCAAAGCGGACCUUGCCUUUUAGGAAAGGACCAAAUUUCACCAUGGAAAAGUUUUUAGACCCCUCACGUCCAUACAAAUGCACAGUAUGCAAGGAGUCAUUCACCCAAAAGAACAUUCUCCUUGUUCACUACAAUUCUGUCUCACAUUUGCAUAAGCUAAAGAAAGUAAUCCAAGAGGCCUCAAGCCCAGUUCCCCAGGAGACCAGCAACAAUGUUGACAACAAACCAUACAAAUGCAAUAUAUGUAACGUUGCUUAUAGCCAAAGCUCAACCCUGGAGAUUCACAUGAGGUCUGUACUUCAUCAGACAAAAGCACGAACCGCCAAAAUGGAGAGCAGUACUAGUACUGGGGGUGGUAGCAGUGGAAGUUCUACAUCUAAAAGCCCUGUUCCACUCAAUCAGGGAAUUGCAGAUUCUGCAAAUGCACCAGUACCCUCUAACAAAGAAAACACUGUAGAUGCCAAAGACGUUACCAUGAAACAAACUACUGAUCACAUCCAUGUGCAGCCUACCCACCCACCAACCCAGUCACCAGCACAGCUUCAGAUGCAACUGCAGCAUGAGCUCCAGCAGCAAGCUGCGUUCUUUCAGCCACAGUUUCUCAAUCCAGCUUUCUUCCCACACUUCCCAAUGACACCAGAGGCCCUACUGCAAUUCCAGCAGCCCCAGUUCCUCUUCCCAUUCUACAUCCCUGGUGCAGAAUUUAACAUUAGCCCUGAGCUAGCAUUGCAUUCAGCUGCAUUUGGGAUGCCUGGUAUGACUGGAUCAUUCCUGGAAGAUCUGAAGCAGCAGAUGCAGCAACAACAUCAGCUGGGCCAACAGCAACAGCUCCAACUUUCUCAGCAGCAAGCUCAACAGCAGGCCUCCCAGUCUCAAAUGCAGCAGAAAGCACAGCAGCAGAGUCACAAGCUAAAAAGCGAGUCCAACCACAUUGCCCUGUCUGAGAUUCAGAUGUCCAGAGAUGCCGAAGAGCACCUAGAAAAGCAGGAAAGCAAAGCAAAGCUGGAUAUAGCUAAUGAUAUUGACAGUGCAAAAGACACUAAAGACUCAAGAAAGCCAAAGUUUUCUGAACCUCUAAUUCCUCCACCACGCAUCAUCUCAGGAGCUAGAGGAAAUGCUGCUAAAGCACUACUUGAGAACUUUGGCUUUGAAUUGGUUAUACAGUACAAUGAGAAUAGACAAAAAACCCAGAAAAAGAAUAGAGAGGAAGAGCUGACUGACAAACUGGAGUGUGGGCUGUGUGGAAAGUUCUUUUCCAACAUGCUUAUUCUCAAAAGCCAUCAGGAACAUGUGCAUGGGCAGUUCUUUCCAUAUGUGGAGCUGGAAAAGUUUGCACAGCAGUAUAGGGAGGCAUAUGACAAGCUGUAUCCUAUAAACCCAGCAUCUCCAGAAACACCCCCACCACCUCCACCACCACCUCCUCCUCCUCCUCCUGCUCCAGUGACCACUCUCUCUGCCACUACAUCUGUAGGAAAAUCGCAGACACCAUCACCUGCACCUCUACAAACUCCUCAGCAAGCCCCACCACCACCUCCACCACCACCGCCGCCGCCGCCUCCACCACCCACUGCACCUCCUCAAGUGCAGCUCCCUGUUUCUCUUGACAUGCCAAUUUUCCCACCACUGAUGAUGCAAUCAGUGCAGCACCCUGGGCUACCCCCACAGCUUGCGCUGCAGCUUCCAACAAUGGACUCUUUAUCUUCUGACCUCACACAGUUAUGUCAACAACAACUGGGACUGGAUCCAAACUUCCUGCGGCAGUCUCAGUUCAAGCGUCCUCGCACCAGAAUCACAGACGAUCAGCUAAAAAUCCUCCGUGCUCAUUUUGACAUCAAUAAUUCUCCCAACGAAGAACAGAUUCAAGAAAUGGCAGAUAAAUCUGGCCUUCCACAGAAAGUCAUAAAGCACUGGUUCCGCAAUACACUCUUCAAAGAACGUCAAAGAAGCAAAGAUUCCCCUUACAAUUUUAACAUUCCACCCAUGACCACACUGGAAGAUAUCAGACUUGAAUCCCAAGUGAACAUGCUAGAGUACUACAGAACUGAUGCUACAACGAACAAAAGGUCAUCAAGAACACGUUUCACAGAUUAUCAACUGCGAGUACUCCAAGAUUUCUUUGAUACCAAUGCUUACCCCAAGGAUGAUGAAAUUGAGCAGCUCUCAACGGUACUCAACCUGCCAACACGAGUGAUUGUGGUGUGGUUCCAAAAUGCCCGUCAGAAGGCCCGCAAGAGCUAUGAGAACCAAACAGAUAUGAAGGACAGUGAAAAAAAAGAACUGACAAAUGAACGAUACAUUAGGACCAACAACAUGCAGUACCAAUGUAAGAAAUGCAGUGUCAUUUUCCCCCGAAUUUUUGACCUUAUUACUCACCAGAAGAAGCAGUGCUACAAAGAUGAGGAUGAUGAAGCUGAAAAUGAAAACCACUCAGAGGAAUUCAUAGAGAACAAUGAGCAAAGUUCAAUAAAGCCAACAGAGUCAGCAAAAAACUCUGUUUUAACCGCAAGCAGCUCUGGAUCAAGCUCUCCCUUAAUGCCUUCACCUCGACCUGAUGUAGGGAAGUCCUCACCCAAACCUGAGCUCCUCCAUGAAAAAACUAAAUUGGGAGAAAUUUCCUCUUUACAAACCCCCAAGAACCUAAAUGAGUUAAAAUCUUCCAAGGCUUCAACCCCACAACCUCCACUACAAAAAUUACCUCAACCACAAAUGUCAAGACCCCAUUCGCAGCCCCAGUCUACAACUGUCCCAUCAAGUCCUCUUUCUAUUGCACUGUCCUCUCUUAACAAUAGCCUACCACCUCAAAUGUUACAGUACCACUGCGAUCAGUGCAAAAUUGCUUUCCCAACAGUAGAGCUGUGGCAGGAGCACCAGCACAUGCAUUUCCUGGCUGCCCAGAACCAAUUCUUACACUCACAGUUUUUAGAAAGGCCACUGGAUAUGCCCUAUAUGAUCUUUGAUCCAAAUAACCCUCUUAUGACUGGGCAACUGCUGUCUGGAGCCCUAUCCCAGAUUCCAACUCCAAGCAACUCUGGCCUUGCUGUGAACUCUAACUCUGUGAAACGUAAAUUAGAUGAAAAAGAGGAUGGAUCUCAUGAAAAAGAUGGCGUUAAUAGUGCAGAAGAUCAGCACAGAGAUAAACGUCUUAGAACUACUAUUACUCCAGAACAACUUGAGAUCCUAUAUGACAAAUAUUUGCUUGAUUCAAACCCAACAAGAAAGAUGUUAGAUCAUAUUGCUCGAUAAGUUGGCCUGAAGAAAAGAGUGGUCCAGGUAUGGUUUCAGAACACCCGAGCCAGAGAGAGGAAGGGACAGUUUAGAGCAGUUGGGCCCUCUCAGACUCACAAAAAGUGUCCCUUCUGCAGAGCACUGUUCAAGGCCAAGUCAGCUCUUGAUAGCCACAUUCGUUCAAGACAUUGGCAUGAAGCAAAACAGGCAGGCUUUAGUUUGCCCCCAAGUCCAAUGAUGCCUCAAGAUGAAGGAGGUCAAAGUCCCAAUAAGUAUAAUUUUGUUGACUAUCUACAAAUGACCACAAAGACUGAGAUGAAUGACAGUGAGCCUCCAACUGCAUCUUCCACUCCAGUUAAACCUUCCGAGAUGGCACUAAAACAUGUAUUGAGCUUACCAUCUGUAAAAGCAGAACAUAGUGAUGAAUUUGAGGGGCUUAACUUGAGCUCUGCAGAGGCCUCUUUUGAUGCCAACAAAAUUGACUUUGAUGAGACCUCCUCAAUUAACACAGCGGUGAGUGAUGCUACAACUGGAGAUGAGACCAAUAAUGAAGUUGAGAAUCUCACAAUAAAUGGAGGUGAAAAAAUGAUUGAGAACAGAAUGAGUCUAGCACAAAUCUCUGACAUAAAUGAUGAUAGAAUCCCUUACAACAUGGUUAGUCCAGCAUUAAGUUUCUCUGGCAAUGAAUUCUUCAGUUCCAGAGAUGAUGAACUAGAUGAUAAUGCAGACAAGAGUGAGACUUCAAGUCUGGCUGAUCCAAGUUCACCCAGCCCAUUUGGAGGUUCAAAUCCCUUCAAGUCUUCAAAAGCUGGUGGAGAGAGACCAGGCCACAAACGUUUUAGAACCCAAAUGAGCAACCUACAGCUAAAAGUCCUAAAGGCUUGCUUCAGUGAUUACCGCACACCUACUAUGCAAGAGUGUGAAAUGCUGGGCAAUGAAAUAGGACUCCCAAAACGCGUUGUGCAAGUCUGGUUCCAGAAUGCCCGUGCAAAAGAAAAGAAGUUCAAAAUAAACAUUGGAAAGCCAUUCAUGAUAAGCCAGGGCUCCCCAGAUGGGCCAAGGCCGGAGUGUACAUUAUGUGGCGUGAAGUAUACAGCCAGACUUUCGAUUCGUGAUCAUAUCUUCUCGAAGCAGCACAUUGCGAAAGUGCAGGAAACCCUGGGCAACCAGGUUGAUCGAGAAAAAGACUAUCUUGCACCUACCACUGUCCGCCAGCUUAUGGCUCAACAAGAACUUGACCGUUUGAAGAAGGCAACCGAUGUACUCAACUUGCCAGCCCAGCAGCAACCUGCAGUGGACAAUAAUGCACUUCAUGGCCUUAGCCUGCCAACUGCCUACCCAGGAAUAUCUGGUCUCCCACCAGUGCUUCUUCCUGGUGUCAAUGGGCCAUCCUCCCUUCCAGGUUUUCCACCAAAUACACCUGCUUUAGCGUCUCCUGGUGCUGGCAUGCUUGGGUUCCCUACUCCAGCCACCCCUUCUCCUGCCAUGUCUCUCAGCAGUACCCCAACCAAGACUCUUCUUCAGACACCUCCUCCUCCUCCUCCUCCUCCUCCUCAACCCGCCGCACUUCCUCUUCCUCCCACUCCUUUGGCAGCAAAUCAGACUGAGCAGCACAUAAAAGAAUCUGAGAAAGACAAGAAGUUAGAGAAGCCCAAGGUGAAAGAAAGAGAAGCCGACACUGCCCGUCCCGAGACCCCAGUUGUGAAGAAAAGGGAAAAGCCCUCGCCGCCACUUUCGAUGCUAGGAAAAUUGGGAAGUGAGACCCAGAUGGAUCCAGCACAACUGCAAGCACUUCAGAAUGCCAUUGCUGGUGACCCAGGCUCCUUCCUAGGGGGACAGUUCUUGCCUUAUUUCAUCCCUGGCUUUGCAUCUUGCUUCUCACCCCAACUUCCUGGCGGAGUGCAGGGGGGAUACUUCCCUCCUCUGUGUGGAAUGGAGAACCUGUUCCCCUACGGCCCUGCAAUGCCGCAGGCUAUUGCUGGGCUUUCUCCAACUGCCCUGCUGCAGCAGUACCAACAGUACCAGCAGUCCCUCCAGGAUUCCUUACAGAAGCAGCAUCAGCAGCAGCAGAAACAAAGUGAACUGCAGCAGAAAACGCCCCCUAUGAAGUCAACGAGUGCACAGAGCAACUCUCUCAAACCAAAAGAGGCUAUUGAAACUAAGGAUGAUAAAGGCUCUUCAACAGAAAGCACAAAUGAAGAUCCCCAAACGAAUACCAAAAGUUCAGGCUUUCCAGAUGCAUUUAUCGUUCCGUCCAUCAAACACGAGUUUAUAUGCAGAAAGUGCCAGAUGAUUUUCGCUGAUGAAGACUCAGCAGCUCGCCACCAGAAGUCCUUCUGUUACUUUGGUCACCCGUUUAUCGAUCCGCAAGAGACAGUGCUUCGCAAGGCCGUGAGCAAGUACAAUUGCGUAGCCUGCAACGUGUCCGUCAGCGGGAACGAAGCACUUGGCCAACACCUUCAGUCGAGCUUGCACAAAGAGAAAACAAUCAAACAAGCAAUGAGAAAUGCCAAAGAGCAUGCUAGAUUAUUACCUCACUCAGUCUGCUCCCCUUGUCCUAACACCACAUCUACCUCGCAGUCUGCAGCUUCUUCUAAUAACACCUUGCCUCAUCUCUCUCACUUGUCCAUGAAGUCCUGGCCAAAUAUUCUUUUCCAGGCCUCAGCCAGGAAAGCUGCUUCCUGCCCAUCUGCUUCUCCUCCUCCCCUUUCCUUGCCUUCAACGGUUACCUCAACUUCGUGCAGCACCUCAGGGGUUCAAACCUCACUACCCACCGAAAGUUGUUCAGACGAGUCUGACAGUGAGUUAAGCCAGAAGCUGGAUGACUUAGAUAACGCGUUGGAAGUCAAGGCUAAGGCGGCGUCCGGCCUAGAUGGCAAUUUCAGUAGUAUCAGAAUGGAUAUGUUCAGUGUGUAGGUGUGAAAAACGGAUCCCUUGCUUAAACGAAAAAAGACUUUUAACUGCAGUUCCAAAGUUUCUCUAACCCAAAAAAUUACAGUACCAAAAGAUUGACUCAGGAUUGUUUUUCCCAUAUUGAUAUGCUGGCAAGAAAAUGAUUGAUUUUUGUUAUGGACAGAACUGUUGCAGAUGCUUGACUGAGCUUAUAUUGUAUACAAAAAAAACAUGGAAUAGGAAAACUCUCACAAGUUCUUUUGGAGCUUGAUUCAAGCCAAAAAUUCUCACGAUAGCAAAUUGCACCUCAGCUGGAUUGAUUUCCAAAUGCUAGCAUGUACUGUAUGGGAUAAUGAUCCAGAACUUUCAAAGAGAAUUUCUCUUAGUUUAGUUAGGUGUAAUUCAGUAGCUUUAAAUUCUCAGGUCAGAACAUAACAUUUCUCAUUUGUUGAAACAGCAACGAAGCCUGCUUAUAAAUGGCUUUUACCAAAACAUGUCAAGCUUUAUUGGAGGCAUUUCCUUGAUGUGUGUAGUGUACCAAGAGACAAUAUAACUGUUACAGGACAACGCGCAUAUCCUUUUAGUUUGCCCUACGAGAGAGUAUGCUUUUACCACUGAGGGAAUUUAGAAUGGUGAAUUCAUGUGUAUGCCCCUGUGUUUGCCAGUUUGUAUUGCCACAAGCUGUAUUUAUAUACAACACCCUUUUUUCUUGUAGAAUAUACUAAUAAUCUGUGCCAACUCUUACCUUCUUUCUUUUACCUCUCAUCACUCCCUUUUCUGAAGAGGUAAUAAUUCUAGUUUUGAUAGACUCUUGAACAUUAUGUGAAUAGGACAUUUUUUCAUUUGUGAAUUGCUAUACUGUUACGGUACUUGCUUGUGUCUGGACUAUAGUGCACUUAUUUGAUUUCAUUUUUUUUUUUUUUUUUUUUUUUUUUUAUUAUUAUUAUUAUUUGAGGUAGGCCAUGUCUUAAUUUAAUAGAUAUCAGUUUUUCUGUGUUUGUUUGUUCAUUUGUUUGAAUUAUUAUUUGUGUGUAGUUCAGCAGCAGAUUGGUCCACAUUUGUUAGACGUUUCAAACCUAACAAUCCAGAGACAUUUAACAAUUGGUGCAUCCAUGAAAGUAGUACUGUAUACUUGAAAAAGUGCAAGUUGGACAAAAUGUGUUGAAAAAUGGUAUAAACAUUUGCUUCUUUUAAACAAGAAAGCUGCUUUUUUAAAAGGGGGACAAAGCAUUUGUUUUAUAAUUUUUUUUUCUUUUCCUGUACUUCUGUAGAACUGAACACAGUGUUACCCCUAUACACUGCCAUAUAGUGGAUAGGCUGUUUCUUCCAUUCUACUUUGGGCACUUCUGUUAAUGUCAUGAACAUAGACCAUUUUCCAUCAUAUUUAGUGAUACUUGGAUUACAAAGUAUUAUCUUAUGACGUUAUGCUGCUACUGUGUAAUGUUUUUUUUUUUUUGUUUGUUUGGUUUUGUUCAUUUUUUUCUAAAUCGCUUGCCAUACAUUUUCUGCUUCCUACUAGACAGAAUACUGAUUCAUCACAAAGUACAUUGCUUUUACUAUUUUUAUUUCAUUUUCUUUCAUUUUUGGCUGUGUAACUUAAAGAAUGUGAACGCUGUCAAGGGUGUUUAAUUUUUACGAAUCACUUUCUGGUUUGAUACAGUUGGACAAUGUGAUUCAUUCCAAAGUAACAGAAGGCUUAAUGUAUGAAAGUUAAAAGGCUCGUGAACAAAGAAAGCUAAGCUGUUGUACAUAUUCGUAGUUGGCUGUGCAUGGUACAAAUUUAUUAAUAUGAAGAAAUGCAAAAAUGUAUUGCUUUUGGUAUUCCUAUUCUGAGAUGAACAAGUAGCAUGUAAUGCAACUGUUUGACAGGUUAAAUCAAAUCAUGCUUAAAAAUUGUUUCAAACGAUGAAAUUAAGUAACAUUUCAUUUUACUUUAUAUUGCUGUACAGGUGUUUUUUCUGUUUAAGGUAAAAUGUCACAGUUUUUAAUUCUCUUUUUUGUGGACUUUUUAAUGUUCUUAUUUGGAUUUUUAAUAUUUUAACGCUUAUUUUAAUCCUGAAGACACUUUUUGAUUGUGUUUCACAAGAGACAUCUUUGCCUCCUAAGGUGCAAUCCUGCCUCUGUCCAAAACAUGAGCGACUGUCCUGAUUCCAAAGGCUUUUAGAACUCGGCUUUUGCCUUUCCCUGAAUGUGGAACAGCAUUUAGAGACUGAGCUGUCAGCUAGCACCGUGCGCUAAGGUGUUAGCCUGGACCAGAAUGCUUCCCACACAAAGGACUGGUAAAGCAAAAAAAAAAAAAAAAAAAAAAAACAAAAAAAAAAAAUUAAAAAUUAAAAAAAAAAAAAAAAAAAAAAAAAAAAAAAAAAAAAGGGAAAAUACAAAAACAAAGGAUGGUCCAAUAAUGUAAUUGUACAUAAAUGUUGCAACUGCACAGCAGCCAAAAAACCUUUCUACGGAUGGAUAGUGUCAAGCAUAGGAGGACAACCUUCUAAAGGUUGAUAUUAGGAUUGUUCUUCUGGAUAUCAAAGGGAUGAUCAAGGCGUAAUCAUAUUCUACACAAUACGUACUUUCAACGCCUGGGUAACAUAGGAAAUGCACCCCAAGGUUUUAAUAAAAAAAGAUGCCCCUAUGGCGAAAACUUUAAAUAAACUAAACCAAAAAUGUUAUUGAUGUUUUAUAUAUAGAGAGUAGUCUCAUUAGUUUUUGUUACUGUAAUGUUUGAGGUCUCAGCUGUACCGUAUUACGGUAAUAACAUGGUUUUGAAACUUUUUUAUUUUGUCACAGACCUGUUGUCAUAGUUGAAAUGACGUUUAUUGUAGAUGGUAUUUGAACAACUUCUUCUGGAAAUAGUUCAUCAAGUAUGUUUGUUGCUCAUUGUUGUGAUACAUUAAAAACUGUAUCUGCAAACCA